UUACAGUUCCCGGAGGGUCUUCUCCUGUACGCAUGCAUAAUUUCGGAUAUUCUCGAAAAGUAUACGGAUUGUAAAACGGUGAUUAUGGGUGAUGUGACAUAUGGUGCGUGCUGCGUCGAUGAUUACACUGCUCGAGCUUUAGGAUGUGACCUAUUGGUUCACUAUGGACACAGCUGUCUGGUUCCAAUUCAAGACACCGAUGGUAUCGCAAUGUUGUACAUUUUUGUGAAUAUCGAUAUGAACUUAAGUCAUUUCAUCGAUACACUUAAGGCGAAUUUCAGUCAACGCGACAAAUUGGCUCUUGUCAGCACCAUACAAUUUGUUGCCGCUCUACAGACUGUGAAAACCGAAUUGACUGCAUGUGGUUAUUCGAUAUUCAUUCCUCAGUCAAAACCGCUGAGUCCUGGUGAAAUUCUGGGGUGUACCUCUCCACGACUGUCGAACGAUAUAACCGCAUUGAUAUAUUUGGGUGAUGGACGUUUUCAUCUGGAAUCAAUUAUGAUUCACAAUCCAAAUAUCAAUGCAUACCAGUACGAUCCGUAUUCAAGGAAACUCACCCAUGAAGUGUACGAUUAUGAGCGAAUGUUGCAAAUCAGAAGUGAUGCAGUGAAUAGAGCAAAAACGGCAAAGAAAUUUGGUAUAAUUCAAGGAACACUCGGACGACAAGGGAACAUUCGAAUUGUUGAGGUUCUUGAAUCGAAAUUACAAGCGGCUGGUAUUAAGUUUGUACGUAUUCUUCUGUCGGAAAUAUUCCCCGAAAAGCUGGCGUUAUUCGAUGAUAUCGAUUGUUGGGUACAAGUUGCGUGUCCGCGUUUGUCGAUCGAUUGGGGCAGUGCCUUCGCAAAGCCUUUAUUAACACCGUACGAGGCGAUAGCCGCGUUGGAAGAGAUCUCGUUCGCGAAGCCAGUGUACGCGAUGGAUUAUUAUGCGAAUGAGAGCAGUGGUGCGUGGAGCAACAAUCACGAAAGUCAUCGCAUUGCACGAUCAAAACGCAAACAUUUAUCUGUGAUUGUAGCGAAGUGA